CACACAGUACAGCUCACGGUCUCCUGAGCGGUGACUCAGGCCGACAUGCUGGGUGUUGUUGGAGGUUUCCUGACCUCUGUGUGCGAAGAGGAGCAGGAGGAUGGACAACCUGAACCGAUCAGAAAGUGAAAUUUAGAUUGUGAGCAGUCAUGAGUAUCAGACAUGUUACCAGGAGACCAUUUACCUGCGGACGGAACGGAGGGGCUCAACAGCCCGACUAAAGGCAAUGCGUCUUUAAAAUCCAAAGAGGAAAUCCUUCCAGCACGUGACCCUGUUAGCAGAGGAAAUACCAUCCCUGCUGACCUCAUCAGCACCCAGCCUCUGUCAGCUGCAGCCCCAUCAGCAGAGGCCUCACAGGAGGCAGCAGAGUGUAAGAAGCCCACCUGCCCACAAUGCGGUCUCACAGUUCCAGACCACAGACCCACCCCUGUCUUACCCGCAGUGAGUCGUCUGCAGGGAUCCAGCCUGUCGGUGCACAGCAGCAGCAGCAGCAGGACGAGCAAGAGGAGCAAGAGGAGCAGGAGCAGUGUGGCUGGAUCACAUCAACGUACUGCUACACCUGCUGCUGACUCCUGUUUACACUUGCUUUUGGCGUGCCUGCACUGUCAAUGCUCCGUGCUGCUCCUGGGUCUGUUGGAGGCCUGCUCCACCUGUCUUCACAGCCUCUGCUCCUCCUGCUGCCACGCCUGCGCCCGCUGCUGUUCGGCCAUGCAGGAGGCGCCCGUGGAAGAGCUCAACUGCAACGCACACUGCCACUCGGUGUUGUUCGACUCCUGCUGUGAGCCGACCGAGUGUCUGGAGUUUUGUCUUGAAUGCUGCGAGAUCUGCCAUCGCAGCUGAGGACUCACGUGAGACUGAAACAACAGAUACACAAGCAAUAUGGGAUUUAUUAACACUUCAGUGACAAUUCUUAUGACUGAACUUUAUCUUUUCUUGACUCUAAAAGUUGUGAAGAGCAAAAUCCACUGCAAAUCACAGCAAUUCUUUGUGAUAAUUCAUGUUUUUAUAACUUAUUUGUGCAAGUCCUGCUACAAUAAUUUGUUUUUCAUUGACCUCAACUAAAGCAAUCACUGAGGAUUUGAGUUAGUGCUUCAAAAUGUUUUUCAGUUCAGGAGGUUUUUUUUUGGCCUUUUUGAGCUAAAGCCAUUUAAAAUGAAUAAAUUAUAUCAAACAUGGUAGACUUGAAGUUUGCUGUCAAUAUGCAGGAAAUUAAGCUAGUAGAUGAUGAUGAUGAUGAUGAUGCUGAUUAGCUGAGCUAAGAAAAAAAACUAGGACAAAACAAUAUCCAACAUCUCUGAAGCUCAAAACUACACGUAUGGUCUUUUUGACCAAACACAUACACUAAUGUUAAAAACACACUGGCUACAGGUUUGAGCUUUUCUCCAGCUCUUUUGUGAUAUCUAGUGACUGUAUUAAACAUCAACGCCGAGUCUCGUUCAGAAGAAGCGCUUGAAGCCCAAUGAUGGCCAUCGCCAUAUUGGAAAUGCAGCCUCCAACUCCCUUUCGAUCAAUACAGGGACAGGCAAGAGGCGGAGCCUAAAAGCUCUUGACAAGCUAACUCUGCACCUGUCAGUCAACUUAGACUGCCCCAAAUUUGUACAUUUCUGCAUAACUUUGCCUUCAUAUAAUCAAUACAGAUGAGUUGCAAAAAUAAAUCCACCCCCAUUCAGCUUUUGUAAAAAUGGGCAUUUAAACACGAGACCUAAAGGGGAUUCUUUGGCUUUUGGAGCCAGACUUAAGUGGACACUCUAUGAUGAACUGCAGCUGUUUGCAUUUUAGCAUUGUCUUCAGUUAACACCAGAGGUUGCCACUUGGUGCUUUCUCUCCAUGAGUUAUGUGCUAUUAAAUUCCGGGGCCACACAAUAAUGCAUUCAAACAGUGAAUUCAACGUUUAUUCAACAGAAAUGUCUCUUGUUUGUACAUUAAGUUGCAUUUAAUGACUUUGACCUAACAAGACCCUGAACGAGAGGGCUCUACCUCUCUGCUCAGCCUUGUACAGUUUAUCAUGUUGUAAGAUUGCAGGUUUGACUUCAGCUCUUUGCAGCUGAGGAACAGGGCGACAGAUAACGUGUCAGCUCUCUCUUGAAUCCCUUUUCAUAUUUGUCAUAUAAAGCACUUAGAACAUAAAAGGAUGCUUAUUGUCUCCGCAUCUUGGAAGAUCGAGGCAGGCUCCUUUAAAGUCGUCGUGUGAGAUGACAGCAGAGAGGCAGAGUAAACAGCCAAAAAUAAAACAAAGCGGCGGUAAAGACAACGCUGUCAAUCUGUCCGGGGCGAGCCAAGAGGCUCAUUUAAAUCACGCUAGAGCGAGUAAAUCGAAUUUAAGCAUCUCCUUUGCCCACAACACAUUUGGAUUCUGCUUGUGACAAGAAACAGCGCUGAUGUCUAAUUUAGAGCAUGGCGAGCAUACAGCAACAAAUAAACACUCAGGUUUGUUCCACUUGUCCCCCUCAAUUUGUUCUAGCCUUUACCCACAGCUGAUGUCUCCCUCCACAACAAACAGCUGCUUCUGUCAGGGGGAAUUCACAAGUGACACAUGUGGCAGCCACACAAUAAUAAACUCUUUUUAGAUGGCAGUAUAUAUUUAACUUUGAUAUGAAUCCGUUAAUAAAAUAAAUAAUUUGAAUGACAGUGAUGACACCUAGGUGACAGUUUCAUUGACUUUCAUCUUAUGGUGGUUGAAACAAAAUCUGUAGCCCUGUUCAGACUGCGUUGCCGCAACAGUGCAGUGACUUAACUCAGCCGUCAUUACGUCUUUAUACCUUCAUAUUGAUUCCUCAACAUUGUUAUAUUGGUGUCCAAGUGUAUGAAUUCACUUUGCCUUACGAAGUUGCUGAAGCGCACUGGAACUGUCAUGACAUGCACACACACACACACACACAGCGCUGCGCUCCCCGGCUGGCUCUGCUGAUCCUGUCUCACCCUUGUAACAACUCUGUUAUUACCUCCAAAGACAGCACAGAGGGGGGAUCACUUCAUCGGCCCAAUAUUAUGCCUCCUCGACAUUCAUAUUGAAGCCGAAACAACCUAAGGGAUGUAACUAUCGCGCCUUGAAACUGCAGUCUGAAAAGGGCUUAAAAAAUAAUCCUUCAUAUGUAGAUAUUGGAGAAAUGUUCAUUUUUUAUUUCUGUAACAAAUCAAUAAGCCAAUCGGCCAAAUUUUCAAAUAAUUAAUUCAUUAUAUAUUUUUAAAAAAUCUCACAAAAAUGCCAGGCAUGUUUACUUCCGUUUCCUGUCAAUUGAGGAAUUUGAUGCUUUUUAUUCCACGUGAUCAGAAAUUGAAUAUUCAAAAAUUUACAUGAUGCUUUUUAAUGUAUUUUAAUAACUAGUCACUGUUUGAGUCCUGAAAACUAUUUGAAGAAUUCAAAAAGUUGAUAAAAGCAUUAGUUUUAACUCUUUAACAAUUUUUUAUGUUGAAAGUACAUUUUUAUUGCCAACUGUGGACAUUGGUGUCAUGUCCUUUUGAAAUGAUUUGCUUUGUUGGUUAAAGAUUAUUAGAAUAGUUACAUGUAAAGUUAAUUUUUUUAUUGUAGGUGAGGCAAAAUUUAAAAAAAAAGCCCCUUUAAGCUCCAAAGAACUAAAAACUGUCCAGCAAUUUUGAGUGUGUGUCCUGUUAUAGGUUUAGAAGAGAUAUGUAAUGCUCCUGUGACAAACCUUAGGGUUGUGUUGAUUUUGGGACAAAGCUGGA